AUGGUCGCAAUCAAGAACCUCGUCCUGGUGGCCCUCACGGCCGUGACCGCCCUUGCGAUGCCUUCGCCUCUCGAGGAGCGCGCGGCGACCUGGACUUGCAUGAACGAGCAAAAAAACCCAAAGACCAACAAGUAUGAGAACAAGCGCCUCCUCUACAACCAGAACAAUGCCGAGAGCAACGCCCACCACGCGCCUCUCUCCGACGGCAAGACCGGUAGCAGCUAUCCUCACUGGUUCACCAACGGCUACGACGGCGAUGGAAAGAUCCUCAAGGGCCGCACGCCCAUCAAGUGGGGAAAUUCGGACUGCGACCGCCCUCCCAAGCACAGCAAGAAUGGUGAUGGCAAGAAUGACCAUUACCUACUGGAGUUCCCAACAUUCCCCGAUGGACACCAGUAUAAUUUCGACUCGAAGAAGCCCAAGGAGGACCCCGGCCCGGCACGGGUCAUCUACACCUAUCCUAACAAGGUGUUCUGCGGCAUUGUUGCCCACACGAGGGAGAACCAGGGUGACCUGAAGCUCUGCUCUCAUUAG